AUGUCCAGCAAUGAAAGAAGCAGGAGCAAAGUAUUCAUUAUAAAUGACAUAAAGGCAAUAGAGUCAAACAAGAACAACGAAGAUUUUAGUGUUGGUUUAAUCAACGAUGACAUCUAUAGAUGGGAGGUUGUUAUUUUUGGACCAAAAGACACUCCCUUUGAAAAUGGGAUUUUCCGGGCCGAAAUGAAGUUUCCUAUUCAGUAUCCUGAAGAGCCACCAACAUUUAGAUUUCUUACUCCCAUGUGGCAUCCAAAUAUCGAUAAGGAUGGAAACGUUUGUAUAUCAAUUCUUCACAAGUCGGGAAAUGAUGAUUUUGGAUACGAAGAGUUAAAUGAAAGAUGGAUGCCAGUGCGGAGUGCAGAAAGCGUUAUAAUGAGUAUUGUUUGUCUAUUGAAUUCUCCCAACUGCGAGAGUUCUGCCAACCAAGAUGCAGGGUUACAGUACAGAGAUGACAAAGAAGGAUACUGUAAAAAAGUAAGACAAUAUACCCAAAGAAGCCUAGAAGAAUUGUAG